AUGGGAGCCAGCAGCCGCCGGCGGGCUCGGAGCCUGGCCUGUACGUCGCUGUACGGGGUGCCCAUCGUAUCGCUGGUCAUCGACGGCCAGGAGCGCCUGUGCCUGGCGCAGAUCUCCAACACGCUCCUCAAGAACUACAGCUACAACGAGAUCCACAACCGGCGCGUGGCGCUGGGCAUCACGUGCGUGCAGUGCACGCCGGUGCAGCUGGAGAUCCUGCGGCGCGCGGGCGCCAUGCCCAUCUCGUCGCGCCGCUGCGGCAUGAUCACCAAGCGCGAGGCCGAGCGCCUGUGCAAGUCGUUCCUGGGCGAGCACAAGCCGCCCAAGCUGCCCGAGAACUUCGCCUUCGACGUGGUGCACGAGUGCGCGUGGGGCUCGCGUGGCAGCUUCAUCCCCGCGCGCUACAACAGCUCGCGGGCCAAGUGCAUCAAGUGCGGCUACUGCAGCAUGUACUUCUCGCCCAACAAGUUCAUCUUCCACUCGCACCGCACGCCCGACGCCAAGUACACGCAGCCCGACGCCGCCAACUUCAACUCGUGGCGCCGCCACCUCAAGCUCAGCGACAAGUCGGCCACGGACGAGCUGAGCCACGCCUGGGAGGACGUCAAGGCCAUGUUCAACGGCGGCACGCGCAAGCGGACCUUCUCGCUGCAAGGGGGCGGAGGCGGGCCGGGCCCCGGCGCGGGCAGCGGCGGUGGCUACAUAAGCCCAGACUUUCUGAGCGAGGGCAGCUCCAGCUAUCAUUCCGCCUCGCCCGACGUGGACACGGCGGAUGAGCCCGAGGUGGACGUGGAGUCCAACCGCUUCCCCGACGACGAGGGCGCUCCGGAUGAGGCUGAGCCCGGAGCGCCCAGCGCGGGAAGUGGUCCAGAUGCCGGCCGGUCCACUUUUGGGGACUUAGCGGCUGAUGACACAGUGCGGAGACCCGAGAGGAGCCCGUCCAACGGUGGCUACGAGCUGCGAGAGCCCUGCGGACCCCUUGGAGGCCCCACGCCGGCUAAGGGCCCGCACGCCGGGCCAGAACCUUUACGAAAGCACGCCUGGCCCCUCUUUCGAGCCUUCCCAUUUAUUCAGCAAGUGCAUGUGGCCGCGAGGUUCCCUGUGUCCAGGCGAGUCACCGAGGAGGAUGGGGGCGCUCAGCUGCGCGCCCAGGCUCCCCAGAAGCCCCGGGUAGCUGCGGCCCAAAGCGGGGGACCCGUGGCUCGCAGGGGGUUGUGGGGGCCUCUGAAAUUCGGGCAGGUCGGGGCAGCCGAGCCGCGGACCGUAUCCCCCAGCAUCUGGAAGCCGCCGCCUGGGCCGCGUGCUCGCCGGGAGUCGUGCGGACGGCCCUGGCGGCCACGCGCGCUCGCGGUGGCCCAGUAUCUGCGAUGUAGGUCGCGCGUCCCUGAACCAGAUAAGGAAGACAAUCACUCGACCGCCGAGGAUUUGGAAACGAGGAAAUCCUAUCCAGACCAAAGGAGCAUCUCCCAGCCGAGUCCUACAAAUACAGACCGAGGCGAAGAUGGCCUUACCCUGGAUGUCACAGGCACUCAGCUGGUGGAGAAGGACAUCGAGAACCUGGCCAGAGACGAAUUGCAGAAGCUGCUCCUUGAGCAGAUGGAGCUUCGCAAGAAGCUGGAGCGGGAGUUCCAGAGCCUCAAAGAUAAUUUUCAGGAUCAAAUGAAAAGGGAAUUGGCUUAUCGGGAAGAAAUGGUGCAACAGCUGCAAAUCGUCAGAGACACCCUGUGCAACGAGCUGGACCAGGAGCGCAAGGCGCGCUACGCCAUCCAGCAGAAACUCAAAGAGGCCCACGACGCCCUGCACCACUUCUCCUGCAAGAUGCUGACGCCCCGCCACUGCACCGGCAAUUGCUCCUUCAAGCCCCCGCUGCUGCCCUAG